AAGGGGGUAUUUUUGAAAGUGAAUAAGAAGUUGUGGAGAGUGUAAAGGUAGUGGAUAUGGGAUAUAGUGGCUCUGAAACGACACACUCAAUCUUGAGCUUUCCACCACUCAUUCCCACUGGCCGCCAAAUUCCAUUCUCACAUCGCCGGAGAAAAAACUCCUUCUCUCAUUUUGUUAAUGAAUCCGAAUAAUCUCAGAAUAUUCUCCAUCUGAGUAGGCAUGGCUUCCUCCUACUGUGUGUCUUGGACGAGGAACACGAGCGCGGCAGCUCUCCUGCUCCGCAAUUCCCACAUCAGAUUCAGACCCAGAAGGGAUGUUUUCAUUCUCAAGCCCCAGCCCCAACCAUCACUCUCUCUCUCACUUUCAACACCAAAGCUCUGCCCUUUGGCCUCUCUAUCCUCUUACGCAGAGGAUCACGGCGAUGAAGGAAAUGCGAAUUCCGAGGGGCAGCUGCCUGGGGUGGCGGAGGCUCUCAACAUAUCUCGCAGCACGGCCUCCGCCAUGGCGGUGUGCAUAGCGGUGGCGGCUCUAAGUGUGCCGUUGGUGAUGCCGUCGCUGGGGCGGGGGCUGGCGUUGAAGACGAGAGCCUUGUCGUACGCGACGCUGUUGUUUGGAUUCUACAUGGCGUGGAACAUUGGCGCCAAUGACGUGGCUAACGCCAUGGGGACGUCGGUGGGGUCGGGGGCGCUGUCGCUGAGAAGGGCCGUCAUCAUCGCCGCCGUCUUGGAGUUCUCCGGCGCUCUGCUCAUGGGCACUCACGUCACCACCACAAUGCAGAAGGGGAUUCUCGUCGCCUCUGUUUUUCAGGGCAAGGAGACUCUGCUUUUUGCUGGCCUCAUUUCUUCCUUGGCUGCUGCUGGCACUUGGCUCCAGGUUGCAUCAUAUUAUGGUUGGCCUGUGUCUACCACGCAUUGUAUCGUGGGAUCAAUGGUCGGGUUCGGGCUUGCCUACGGAGGCACGGGAGCCGUAUUUUGGAGCUCGUUAGCACGUGUGACUUCAUCGUGGGUGGUGUCGCCUUUGGUGGGAGCACUCGCGUCUUUCCUCGUGUACAAAUGCAUUCGCAGGUUUGUUUACAGUGCUCGAAACCCGGGGCAAGCAGCAGCAGCAGCUGCACCGUUAGCCGUCUUCUUAGGCGUUACGGGAAUAUCCUUCGCUGCAUUCCCUCUCAGCAAUACUGUGUCCGUAGCUACCGUGCAGGCCUUGGCCUGUGGUGCUUGCGCAGCUGUCCUGUUCGACAGAAUCAUACGGAGGCAGCUCGGCCACCUCCUCAACAAGGCUCCUACAGAAGUAACAGAGAGCGAGCCAAGUAAAAAUAUUGGUUUCUUGUCUGAUAUAGCUGGUCCUAAGGGAACACAGUUGGAGAUAGUCUAUGGAGUGUUUGGUUACAUGCAAGUUCUGUCGGCGUGCUUCAUGUCGUUUGCACACGGAGGGAACGAUGUCUCGAAUGCAAUAGGCCCUCUGGCAGCGGCCCUGUCGAUUCUUCAAGGUGGGGCGAGUGGUGGACAGAUUGUGAUCCCGAACGAUGUGCUGGCGUGGGGCGGGUUUGGGAUCGUUGCAGGUCUUAUGAUGUGGGGUUACAGAGUGAUUGCGACUAUUGGGAAGAAGAUAACAGAGCUGACACCCACGAGAGGGUUUGCUGCUGAGUUUGCAGCAGCGUCUGUUGUGCUUGGGGCUUCCAAGCUUGGGCUGCCUAUCUCGGCUACGCAUACACUUGUGGGAGCAGUGAUGGGCGUAGGCUUCGCGAGAGGGCUUAACAGCGUACGAGCAGAGACCGUGAGGGAGAUUGUCACGUCGUGGGCUGUCACCAUCCCUGCUGGUGCCACUUUUGCUGUUGUUUAUACAUGGAUCUUCACCAAGUUGUUAGCCUACAUACUCUGACUAAGCGCCAUUUAUAGACUCCAUCUUCCACAUACAUGUAUGUUGUUUCUCAUGAUAAUCAAGUAUUAUUUCUCAA